UUUAAUUUAUUACAUCAAGAUCCAAGUUUGCAACAAGAAAUGUUUUAGUCAGUUUGGCUUUGUCUUCUCUUCACACCCACCUCUAAUUUCUUACACCAAAUCCCCUACUUGCUCCUCCUAUUCCUAUAGUGAUCACUUUGGUUUCUUCGAUACUCCUACACAGAUCCUUUUUUUUCCUCUCAGAGGUUUUGACCACUUUGGUUUCUGAUUCUCAGUCUCCCUUGGUCCUUUCUUUCCAUGGUUUUACCUUUGUUUCGUAAUUUUUCCAUAUUGACACAUACUUCAACAGCCUUUGCAGCAAUAAGUUUUUGUCGUGGCGUUUUUGAAAGACUUCUAUACAUAUACUUCCAUUUGUCUCUCAAUUUUAUCCCUUGUUUUUCUCAGAUAUUCAAGUUUUGGUGACUGGUCCAGAAAGAAAUCCUUCGCAUGUUUAAGACAGAAAUUGGUUUAGAUAAUUGGUACUGUUAUGGGUAGGAACACUGAAGGAGAGGUUCUUUACAGUGCAGGAUCGAAGGCCAUGAUGGAAGGUCAACCUAAAAAAUCUCUUUUUGCAUCUAUAACAAAACAUGAAGUCGAAAAUAGCAGGUCAAGCAGUAUGAUUUUGAAGAAAGUACAUACUGUAGUUCCUGCACAUAUCUUGGCAGAAGCAAUAUCGACAAUCCGUGGUCUUGACCUCAGAUGGUCAGGUCCAAUAACAACAACAGAAAUGCAAUAUGUUGAGCAGUAUGUCUUGGCGAAGUACCCCCAAUAUGCUGGCUUUAUCGGAGAGAAGGUAGAUCUCUCUACUCUUUGUAUCAACGAAGAGAUCUCAGAGCCUUCACCCGACGACAAGAACAAGUCACCUAGGACUGGUCUUAGAGAGGUCUCCACACCAUCCUUUGGAAGCAAUCACCCUGACUUGGAUAGAACCCAGUUAGAGCCAUCUAGACUGCUUGAUAUUCUUACAGAGAAAUCCUCAUUUCCAGGGAGUUUUGUAUCGAUACCUGAAAUCCAAGCUCAGCACAAGGUUCUGAGGCACUGUGGAUUACCUGAUGAUGAGUAUCUUGUCCUUUUCACUCAAAACUACAAAGAUGCAAUGAUGUUAGUAGGAGAGAGCUACCCCUUCUUCCGAGGGAACUUCUACAUGACUGCUAUCGGGGAAGAAAUGGAUUACGUAAAGGAAUUCGCCAGCUACAAGGAAUCAAAAGUGAUCCCGACACCAGAGAAUUGGUUGAAUUUGAGAAUCAAGGGAUCACAGCUUAGCCAGUAUUUUAGAAGGAAGUGUAAGCACUGUCCUAAGGGGUUAUUCUCAUACCCAGCUGAUGUGAAUGGAACUCGCUAUUCGAUGCAUUGGGUAUCCGAAGCCCAUCGGAACUCAUGGCAUGUUCUACUGGAUGCAACCGCCCUGGUCGUCGGGAAGGAUAGGUUGAAUCUUUCACUUCACAGGCCUGACUUUGUGCUGUGCAGUCCUGACAAUACCCCUGCUAAUCCUUCUACAAUCACAUGCCUUCUUGUUAGGAAGAAAUCUUUUGAUACUACAAUAGCUUCAUCUUAGCUCAAAGAUUAAGAAGAGGUGUUCGUUUGUGAAUAUUGAACAUGUUUAGACUGGUUAAUUAAGGAACAUCAACACAUGUCUCCGCCUUGGUAUCUGAAAUUAGUAGUCUGAUUUGGUUAAUUAUAACCUGUCAUCGAAUAAUCUUUCAGUCUAUGAAUAAUCCUAGGCAUCCAAUAGAAACAGAUAGGUGUAUUAUGGAAAAUAAAGAAACUCGAUUUUUCAUUGAUUUA